AUGUCCCUUGACUCCCAAGACUCACCUUCUCCUUCCUUCAACAGGGACUGGUUCUUCCCUUCUCCUUCCUUCAUCCACCAUUCCCCUCCCAAACCUCCAAAGCCCCACCGCAGAUUCUCCACUAUUCCCAAACUUUCUCCUGAUUCCAACCUCUCGAAACCGCCAUCGUUUCGAUCAUCUUCUUCUCUUUCUCCCACCACUACUUCUAACUAUGGCAGACUUCGCCGGCGCGUGGAGUUCCCUCGGCGUCCGGAUAAAUCUUCAAAACAAGACCAAAGUGACUCCGUUUUGGACCGGAAACUUGUUGUUUCCAGUGAGAAGAAACAGUCUACUGAGAAGGUUUCUUCCGGGUCAUCGGGUCAUCGGGUCAGAGUCAGAUGGAAUUUGGCCAUCACAGCAGCUAUUGUGAUUACUGCUUUGACUUCAUUAGUGCACAAGAAUUUCACUUUACAUAACCAAGUUAUUGAUUUGCAGGAUCAAAUAUUGAAACUAAAUGUUAGAUUGCGAGCGUGUUAUUUGUUAUCCAAUGUAGAUACUUUUGAUUCAGUAAUGCAGGAGAUUGAUGAUUAUGAUUAUGGUAGUAAUAAUGGGUUAAAGAAAUUGGCUUUGAUUGUUUCACUUAUGCUAUUGUCUAUUCCGGUUCUUGCUUUCAAGUACAUUGAUUUUGUAUCGACAUUGAGAUCGUCUGAUAAUGUUUCGGAAGAGUUGUUGUUGAAUAAGCAGCUUGCAUAUCGGGUGGAUGUUUUUUUAUCUGUUCAUCCAUAUGCAAAGCCUUUGGCGUUGUUGGUUGCAACAUUGCUGGUUAUUUGUCUUGGUGGUUUGGCAUUGUUUGGUGUGACGGAUGAUAGUUUAGCGGAUUGUCUUUGGUUGUCUUGGACGUUUGUAGCAGAUUCGGGCAAUCAUGCUAAUUCUGAAGGGAUUGGUCCAAGGCUUGUUUCUGUUUCUAUUAGCUUUGGUGGGAUGCUUAUUUUUGCUAUGAUGCUUGGACUUGUGUCUGAUGCUAUUUCUGAGAAGUUUGAUUCAUUAAGGAAAGGAAGAAGCGAAGUGGUUGAGCAAAACCAUACUCUAAUUCUUGGCUGGAGUGAUAAACUAGGAUCACUGCUGAAUCAGCUUGCCAUAGCCAAUGAGAGUUUGGGGGGAGGAAUUGUUGUAGUGAUGGCUGAACGAGACAAAGAAGAGAUGGAAAUGGAUAUUGCUAAAAUGGAAUUCGACUUUAAAGGAACAUCUGUCAUAUGCAGAAGCGGGAGCCCUUUAAUUCUGGCUGAUCUGAAAAAGGUAUCUGUCUGCAAGGCCCGUGCAAUAGUUGUCCUUGCUGAUGAUGGGAAUGCUGACCAGAGUGAUGCUCGUGCAUUGAGAACCGUCUUAAGUCUUACAGGAGUGAAAGAAGGGCUGAAAGGGCACAUUGUGGUGGAGCUAAGUGAUCUUGACAAUGAGGUUCUUGUGAAACUUGUUGGUGGAGAACUUGUUGAAACUGUUGUAGCUCAUGAUGUUAUUGGCCGCUUGAUGAUUCAAUGUGCUCGGCAGCCAGGACUUGCACAGAUCUGGGAAGACAUACUUGGGUUUGAAAAUUGUGAGUUUUACAUCAAAAGAUGGCCACAGUUGCACGGCAUGCAAUUUGAGGACAUACUAAUCAGUUUUCCUGAUGCUAUACCUUGUGGGAUCAAGGUUGCUUCCUGUGGGGGUAAAAUUAUCCUGAAUCCUGAAGACUCAUAUGUUCUACAAGAAGGUGAUGAAGUCCUUGUCAUAGCAGAAGAUGACGAUAGCUAUGCUCCAGCAGCAUUACCUACGGUCAAAGAAGCAUCAUUCAUGCACAUUGCCCGACCUGCAAGAAUGCCACAGAAGAUUCUACUUUGUGGAUGGAGGAGGGACAUUGAUGAUAUGAUUGUGGUAUGGAGAGGAAGUCUACCGAAAGACUUCAUUGUUCCAAAGUCUGCAGAAAGGAUAUUAUUUUGUGGUUGGAGACGAGACAUGGAAGAUAUGAUUAUGGUGUUGGAUGCAUUUUUAGCACAAGGUUCAGAGCUCUGGAUGUUCAAUGAUGUUCCUGAAAGUGAGAGGGAAAAGAAGCUUAGUGAUGGUGGUCUAGACUUGAAUAGAUUGGAAAAUAUACAUCUGGUUAAUCGAGAGGGAAAUGCGGUCAUAAGACGUCAUCUAGAAAGCCUUCCUUUGCAAUCUUUUGAUUCAAUUUUAAUUUUGGCUGAUGAGUCAGUGGAAGAUUCAGCCAUUCAAGCAGACUCCAGAUCUCUUGCCACAUUGCUAUUGAUUCGUGAUAUUCAGUCGAAGCGUCUCCCCAUGCUAAACCAGGUUCACAGAGGAAGCUUCUCCCAAGGUUCGUGGAUUGGGGAGAUGCAACAGGCUUCGGAUAAAUCUGUAAUAAUAAGUGAAAUUCUGGACCCAAGAACUAAAAAUUUAUUAUCCAUGUCAAAGAUCAGUGAUUACGUUCUAUCAAAUGAGCUUGUCAGCAUGGCAUUGGCCAUGGUUGCAGAGGAUCAACAAAUAAAUGAUGUACUAGAAGAGCUCUUCGCGGAGGAGGGAAAUGAGCUACAAAUAAGGCAAGCAGACCUUUAUCUUCGUGAAGGCGAGGAACUGAGUUUCUAUGAAGUACUCUUACGAGCCCGACAGAGAAGAGAGAUUGCCAUUGGUUACCGUGUAGCUAAUGCUGAAAGAGCUGUUAUCAAUCCGCCAGCCAAAAGUGAGAGACGUAGGUGGUCACUGAAUGAUGUUUUUGUGGUAAUUGCAGAGAAGGAAUGA